AAAUAUUGCUUAUCAUUGGCUAAUUUACAUUUAAAAAAAUAAUUCUAAUAAACAAUUAAAUUUUUUCUUGCCAACAGAGAAGAUAAUUCUCAUUAUUCUGGCCAUAAAUAAACUGGAGAUUAAAUAGCCACAAAGGAGAUAGAUAUAGUCCACAAAAUAAAUUUACAAGCAUAUAUAUGUGAUAUGUUUAUAUAUAUAUAUACUUAUAUAAACAUCGAUACUUGACAGUAGUGCUGAUACACGCAAGAAUAAUAGCAUCGGAGUAUUUUUAAAAAUUGUAAUAAUUUAUUUUUAUCUCAGUGUUAAAUUUUCUUAAUAAAUUUAAUUUUUUAUUAUUUUGACGAGUAUGAAUAAUUAAAUUUGUAGCAGUGAAGAAGUUUGAGAUAAAAAUGUUGCUAAGUGGACUGAUUUUUUUAGUGUUGUCAACAAUAACAUCUGCGGAUGUGAUUCAUUAUCAGCCUGAAGCUGUGCAUUUGUCUUACGGAGAAAAAAUAAACGACCUGGUGGUAACAUGGAGCACGAAAAAUGACACCAAGGAAUCAAUAGUAGAGUACGGGAUCGAUGGUUUCAUAACGCGCUCUAAGGGUACGCGAACUCGGUUUGUUGAUGGAGGAAACAAGAAACGCGAGCAGUUUAUUCACAGGGUUUAUUUAAAGGAUUUAAAACCUGGUGCUAAAUACAUUUAUCACUGUGGAAGCGACCUGGGAUGGUCGAACGCCUUCUACGUGAGGAUUCCCCCAGACAGCGAGACCUGGAAGCCUCAGAUAGUGAUUUUCGGCGACAUGGGGAAUGAGAACGCGCAGAGUUUAGCGAGGCUGCAAGAAGACACCCAGAAAGGAUUGUAUGACGCCGCGAUUCAUGUCGGGGAUUUCGCGUAUGACAUGAACACUGACGACGCAAGAGUUGGAGAUGAAUUUAUGAGGCAAAUUGAAAGUGUUGCUGCUUACUUACCUUAUAUGACUGUUCCUGGUAAUCAUGAAGAAAAAUAUAAUUUUAGUAAUUACAGAGCAAGAUUUUCCAUGCCUGGAAAUUCUGAAGGUUUAUGGUACAGUUUUAACAUGGGCCCGGUACAUUUUAUCGCGAUUGAAACAGAAGCGUAUUAUUUUAUGAACUACGGGAUCAAGCAACUAGUCAAACAAUAUGAAUGGCUUGACCAAGACUUAAAAGAAGCUAACAAACCCGAAAACAGAGCAAAAAGACCCUGGAUCGUAACAUUCGGUCACCGGCCGAUGUACUGCAGCAAUAAAAACGCGGACGACUGUACGAAUCACGAGUCACUUGUCCGAGUGGGUUUACCGUUUCUAGAUUGGUUCGGUCUAGAAAAAUUGUUCUAUCAACACAAAGUAGAUCUAGAAAUUUGGGCCCAUGAACACAGCUACGAACGCAUGUGGCCUAUGUACAACUUCAAGGUGUAUAAUGGUAGUUACCAACAACCUUACAAAAAUUACAAAGCACCAGUACACAUCGUAACAGGAUCAGCUGGUUGUAAGGAAGGCAGAGAAAAAUUCGUACCUAAGCGGCCAUAUUGGUCAGCAUUUCGAAGUUCUGAUUACGGAUACACCCGAAUGAAAGUAUUCAAUAAAACUCACAUGUACAUAGAGCAGAUUUCUGAUGAUAAAAAUGGCGCUUUCAUCGACACUUUGUGGUUAGUUAAAGACAAACCUUUACCGAAUUAUCCAGACUUGACAGAUUAAUAACAAUAAUAAUAAUAAUAAUGAAUUAUUAUUUAAUUGUAAUAAUUAUAAUUGACAUAUCUUUAAAAAAAAAAAAAUAAAUUUAAGUUAAAAAUGA